AUGGUGAAUGCCAAGAAACUGGAGAAGGCGGAAGCCAGGCUGAAAGCCAAGCAGGACAAGAGGAUGGAGCGGGAUUCCCUGAAGUCAUCUGGCCCUCUGGUCCUUGAGGAGGCGUCUGCCAGCCAAGCUGCCAGCAAGAAGGAGACUCGCAUGGAGUCGUCGGGCAAGAACAAGUCGUACGAUGUGCGCAUCGAGAACUUCGACGUGUCCUUCGGUGAGCGUGUCCUGCUGGCGGGAGCGGACCUGAACCUGGCCUUUGGACGGCGCUACGGGCUGGUGGGCAGGAACGGGCUGGGGAAGACCACGCUGCUGAAGAUGAUCGCCAGCCGGAGCCUGCGCAUCCCCUCGCAUAUCAGCAUCCUCCACGUGGAGCAGGAGGUAGCGGGGGACGAGACGCCGGCGCUGCAGAGCGUGCUGGAGUGUGACACCACUCGGGAGAGCCUGCUGCGGGAGGAGAGGGAUCUGACGGCCAGGAUUAACGCCGGCAGGGGAGAAGGGACAGAAGGUGCCAGGCUGUCGCAGAUCUACGCGAAGCUGGAGGAGAUUGAGGCAGACAAGGCCCCAGCAAGGGCCUCCGUCAUUCUCGCUGGGCUGGGCUUUAAUGCCAAGAUGCAACAACAGACAACCAAAGAGUUUUCCGGAGGCUGGAGAAUGAGACUGGCCUUAGCCAGAGCCCUGUUUGCCAGGCCGGAUCUCCUUCUGCUGGAAGGUAAGUCGAUACUGCCUCCCUCUUGCUGUCUCCACCAGACCUGGCAGUCGACCAUCCUCGUGGUGUCCCACGACAGGAACUUCCUGAACGCGGUGGCCACGGACAUCAUCCACCUGCACUCGCAGCGGCUGGACGCGUACCGCGGGGAUUUUGAGAACUUCAUGAAGAUCAAGGAGGAGCGGCUGAAGAACCAGCAGCGAGAGUACGAGGCCCAGCAGCAGUACCGCGAGCACAUCCAGGUUUUCAUCGACCGCUUUCGCUACAACGCCAACCGGGCGUCCCAAGUGCAGAGCAAGCUCAAGCUGUUGGAGAAGCUUCCCGAGCUGAAACCUGUGGACAAGGAGUCCGAGGUGAUCAUGAAGUUCCCCGACGGCUUUGAGAAGUUCUCUCCCCCUAUCCUGCAGCUAGAUGAAGUAGACUUCUGUUACAACCCAAGUCACUACAUCUUUCGUUCCCUCUCUGUCUCUGCUGACCUGGAGUCGCGCAUCUGUGUGGUUGGGGAAAAUGGAGCUGGCAAGUCAACCAUGCUGAAGAUCUUAAUGGGGGAGCUGGCACCAGUCAGAGGGAUCAGACAUGCUCACAGAAACCUAAAGAUCGGUUAUUUCAGCCAGCACCACGUGGAUCAACUGGACUUGAACAUCAGUGCUGUGGAGUUGCUGGCGAGGAAGUUCCCAGGUGAGUUUUGGAGAUCCCAGGAGAUGUGGGCCGUUGCGGUCUCCUUUGCCACGCAGGGAGCAGCAUGGGUUUGUUCCCUGGACCUGGGCAGAAGGCUCCGUCACGUCAGUGCUGAAGGGACACUGCCUUGCAUGCUCAGAGCCGUCUUCUCUUCCAGUCCGAACUUCUACAUCCUGGAUGAGCCGACAAAUCACCUGGACAUGGAGACCAUCGAGGCGCUGGCAAAGGCGCUGAAUAAGUUCCGGGGGGGUGUGAUCCUGGUGUCCCACGACGAGCGCUUCAUCCGCCUGGUGUGCCAAGAGCUGUGGGUGUGCGAGAACGCCGCCGUGACCCGCGUCGAGGGCGGCUUCGACCAGUACAGGGACAUCCUGAAGGAGCAGUUCCGCAAGGAGGGCUUCCUAUAA